AUGUUUUCCAUGAUUCUUCGCUCGACAAUCCUGAUUCUGAAACUUGUCGGCACAAAGCAUGAAAUCGCAAAGAAAAAGUUUUCAGUGGGGUUUACGGAGAAUUCCCAACUAACUGGCACCACACGGUUUGAUUUGUUCAUCGGAGCCGGCCGCGAAGACCGUGCUGAUAUGUUUAGGGCCAAGGAGCCCAGUGAAGCACUUAGACCCAAUAAUACCAGAAAGCUAGCAGUUGAUGUCCCAACUAUAACUAUUAAAGUUGAUAGACCAGAUGGUUUGGCUCAACUGUGCAACAAUGCGCAUCUUUGGUUGGCUGAUAUUGAUGGAAAGAUCAGAGUCGUCAUCCUCAUCCAUACACAUGCUGAUAACAAGGGUCUUCAUCUUGAAUACUGGAAGAUGUACAAGGAUAGAAUACCCGCAGAACUUCAAGAACUUUAUUUUUCUCGACUUGUUAACGGCUCUAUAUCUGUCAUUCCUCGCUAUCCUCAAUGUCGCUUCUGA